AUGGGUCCUAUGGAUCCUAGGGAGGCUUUAGAAUCAGUGGUGACUGGAAGUGUCACUAGCGUUUUGAAUCUUGCAUCGAGCGCCACCUCGGCGUUCGUACAAAUAGCACAUCUAAAAUCCAUUGCCGAAGACCUCGAAAAACGUCUCGACGAUGUAAUUAGCGACCUAGCUAAGUCUGAAGAUACAGACCAACGACAUAUGGCCAAGCAGUUUAAACGCCAGAAGUUAGAACUGCACAGUGAUGAAGCUAGGCAAAAGACCAAGGCUCACGAAAGAUAUAUGAACCUCACCGAGGGCUUGAUACAGAUUUCGGACGCUGUAACAGGAGCAUUUGACAUCCACCGUCCGAACGAAGCCGUGCCGCAGGCGCAGACCCGGCAACAUAGUGCAUACACUGAGAAAUAUUGUGGCAGAUGGAACGAAUACUAUUCCAAUGACCCGCGAGACACUUCUUCGUGGGACGAGUGGGACGAGUGGGACGAUAUGAUGACCGGUAUUUGAAGAGCAAAGCGUCCCAAGUACGGACGAAAGGCUUUAUGACUGAUGCGCUUCAUGCCUUGCGAAGCACCUCACCCGAGACGUUUGGCGAUUUCUUAGUCUCAUUGCACGCCGCUAUAGUAAUAUGUAGUGAUUAUCAACAGCUCUUGGUAGCGAAACACUGAAAAGGAGAUUGAAAUUUCACACUGAAGCGGAAGGUUCAGAAUGCUACAAUAGAUAAUUGAGCCGGGAGAUUGUUAUUUCACCAACGUUUGAUUGUGUGAAGGAGAGGGGAGCUGGGGCACGAUGCAGGAGCCAUGGUCUUCUAAC